CCAAAGAAAUGAAACAAAGACUCCUUUUUUUCACUUUUUUGGUUAGAGAGGAGAGAAGUUUCGAGUUUGUUACGUUUGAAACAGUGUCUUGUCUGUUCAAUCUCCAGUUAUCUAGUACUUUCUAAGUACCCUCCUCACCCUGUCUCUCUCUCUCUUUUGUCUUGAAUCCAAAGCUGUUAAAACCUCCGCAUUGCAUACAUUUACCAAUCUGUUUAUACAUAUUUAUAUAUAUAUAUAUUCUAAGGUUUUUCGUAGAUGGAAUAAGGAAAACAUAUGCCUGGUUUCAAACUUGUUUUCUGGGCAUCGGAUCUGGGGUCUUCUUGCUUUCUUUCCAAGGGUCUGAUCUUUGCCUCAUUGGGAUUAUAAGUUAGAGGCUUGAUAUUGAGGGAGUUCUGGCUAAGGAGCCUAAUAUAAAAGGAAAAGAGAAAAAGUGUUGUUUUUUUAUGCAUGUGGAUUAUACUUUUUAGUUGAGAGGAGACACAAGCGUGUAUGAUAAGUUAAAGUGCAUUUAUUGAAGAUAUUUUCUGAGUUUAAAGCUGUAAAGUUGCCGUCUUUGCCGCUUCAAGUUAAAAGUUUAAAAUGCAUCUUUGUGGGAGGCAAUUUUUGUAGUGGGAUAUUCAGGUGGAAUUUUUGGUCUCAGAGUCUGAUGCUUUGAUCAUUGGGAGAACUUGACCAAGUAAAAGUAGAUUGAGAUUGUGGGAGUGGGUUGUGAUCCAUUGGAUGGCUCCUAGGGAUAAAGAUUUCGAACUUGACCUUGAAAAUGGAGUAGCUGUUAGUGAAGAAGAAAAUUAUAGCAGAAGCCCUGUUUCUGGUGUUAAAAAGAAGGCACAGCUGUUGCUUGCUAAGGUUAAAGGCAGUUUUGCCGAGGGGUCAGAUGAUAGAGUAUCCUUGUCUGGUGAUGCUUCAAAUUCUGGUAGGAUAUGUGUGGAGAAUGUGCAGGUGGUAACAAGCAUGAAUAUGGAGGGACAAGACAGUAAAGAUGCUAAGGAGAUUAAAUCAGUGAGGGAGAAACGUAAAAGCUUGAGUAAUAAAAAACCUCCUAAACCUCCUAGGCCUCCAAGAGCUCCAUCACUGGAUGCGGCUGACCAGAAGUUAAUUAGGGAGAUAGCAGAACUUGCCAGGUUGAAGCGUGCAAGAAUUGAGCGGAUGAAAGCCUUGAAGAAGAUGAAAGCUGCUAAGACAACAUCUUCUAACAGCAACAUGUUUGCCAUGGUGUUUACCAUCUUCUUCUGUCUUGUUUUUAUUUUUCAAGGAAUGUCAUCCAGAGGUACGGUGGCAAGUCUUCAAGGAUCUCCUGUCCCAGCAGGAGCAGUGGAGGGAGGUCUAAUUUCAGUUCAGUUCUUUGGGAAUCCAUCUGCAAGUAUUCCCAAUCGACCUGACUCUCAGUCUCCCAGUUUAGUGGAGCAGGUUGCCGGUUCAGAUGCUCAGGAGAAGCUGAGAAGAUUUUCUGGAUAAAAUAAAAUGCUGUUUGAAUGCGAAUGUUCUAUCUGUGGCUAUAGAUACAAAUCUUUGCGGUUCACAACUUCCCUUCGAAGCCGUUUCGCUGGACCCUUAUUUGCAUUCACAGCCUUCAAAUCUUUACACUUUGAGUUUGCUGGUAAUUUAUCCCGUGCAUGUAAAUGCUAUUUGAAGUUGGGGGUGAGCUAAAUUACCAUGUAAAUUUUUGGUGGCCUUUGGCCAUGGUCUCAAUAAUUCGCCUGCACAACAACUUUACCUUGUCCGCUUAUGUUGUGGGAUCAUGUAUUCUCUAUAGAGAUAUCCCAUUAAGGAAAGUCAGAAUUCAAAUUUCUCCCCAGAUGGCACGGCAAGAUUUAUGCAACCAGUUUUUUUUUAACCUCUUAUACAUCAUUUUCAUUAAAAUAUGCUGUAAGAAAUUCCUAGAUUCAUGAGAACUCUGUGAUUUCAAAAUAAUAGUUUAAUAAUAGUGUUCUUGUUGGAU